GGAAACGUGCCGGCCAACAUCAUCAGGUCACGUGACACUGGCAUAUUGAUACGUGUCGGCGUGGUGAGCCACGACUCUGCUACGCUUUGCCAGUCGAGCGUAUACGCGGCCACAUUUUCGUUCGUUUUAUGACAGAGAAGGAGAGAGAGAAAGAGGGUAUUCUCGUGGCUGUGUGAUUCUCGUGAUCCUGUGAGGGACGGUCAUUCGAUACGUAGUGCUAGUCGCUUCAACGUCAAGACAAGAUGGGAUUCAAGUUUCUCGAGGUGAUAAAACCGUUCUGCAGUAUACUGCCGGAAAUAGCGAAGCCACAACGAAAGAUCCAAUUUAGGGAAAAAGUAUUAUGGACGGCGAUCACAUUGUUUAUCUUUCUAGUAUGUUGCCAGAUUCCAUUAUUUGGUAUCAUGUCUUCAGACAGUGCGGAUCCAUUUUAUUGGAUCCGUGUGAUACUUGCGUCGAACAGAGGAACAUUGAUGGAAUUGGGUAUCUCGCCAAUCGUUACCUCGGGUCUUAUUAUGCAACUGCUACAUGGUGCAAAGAUCAUCGAAGUCGGUGAUACACCAAAAGAUAGGGCGUUAUUCAACGGUGCACAGAAAUUGUUCGGCAUGGUUAUUACUGUUGGUCAAGCUAUUGUUUAUGUAAUGACUGGAAUGUAUGGAGAUCCAACUGAGAUUGGAGCUGGAGUUUGUCUUUUGAUUAUUAUCCAAUUGUUUGUCGCUGGACUUAUUGUAUUAUUAUUGGAUGAGCUUCUUCAGAAAGGAUAUGGAUUAGGAAGCGGAAUAUCUCUUUUCAUUGCUACUAAUAUUUGCGAGACUAUUGUUUGGAAAGCAUUCUCACCAGCAACAGUUAACACUGGUCGUGGUACGGAAUUUGAAGGAGCUGUAAUCGCUUUGUUCCACUUGCUGGCCACCAGACAAGACAAAGUCCGUGCUCUCCGAGAAGCAUUUUAUAGACAGAAUCUUCCAAAUCUGAUGAACCUUCUCGCCACUAUUCUAGUGUUUGCUAUCGUUAUUUACUUCCAAGAUAUUCAAUAUUAUAUUUUAAUCAAAUCUGCCAGAUAUCGCGGUCAAUACAGCAGCUAUCCAAUCAAACUAUUUUACACCAGUAAUAUCCCGAUCAUCUUGCAAUCAGCCUUGGUGUCCAAUCUAUACGUCAUCUCUCAGAUGUUAGCUGUUAAGUUCCAAGGAAAUCUUAUAGUAAAUCUGUUGGGCGUUUGGUCGGAUGUCGGUGGCGGUGGUCCCGCCAGAUCGUAUCCAGUCGGCGGAUUAUGUUAUUACUUAUCACCACCGGAAUCAGUCGGCCACAUCGUUCAAGAUCCCGUUCAUGCCGUACUCUAUAUUCUCUUCAUGCUUGGCUCGUGCGCCUUCUUCUCCAAGACGUGGAUCGAAGUUUCUGGAAGCUCGGCGAAGGAUGUUGCUAAACAAUUGAGAGAACAGCAGAUGGUAAUGCGAGGCCACAGAGACAAUUCCAUGAUUCGCGAACUGAAUCGGUAUAUUCCAACCGCCGCAGCAUUUGGCGGAUUGUGCAUUGGAGCUCUCUCUGUGCUUGCGGAUUUUCUGGGCGCGAUUGGUUCCGGUACCGGUAUCUUGCUCGCUGUCACCAUUAUAUAUCAAUACUUCGAGAUUUUUGUUAAGGAGCAAAGUGAAAUGGGUGGCAUGAGCACGUUACUUUUCUAAACUUAGUUCAACUAUAGAUUUGAAAAGUAAACUUUUUUUAAUUCUGAAGAACUACAUAAUUUAUUGUAAGAUAAGAGAGUUUUGGUCGAAUUGGCAGUUUUGUGUAUAUGUAUGUGUGUGUGAAAGUGCAUGUGUAUAUGUGUGUGUGUAUGUCAAGCUCAUGGAUGUAGACAUACUAACGCCAAUCGAAUUUCCCUCCCCCUUUUCGCCCGCGUUAUAGAUAAAGUCGCACAUAUUUAACUUACGAUUGUAUAUUGUUGAUUCUAUGCUCAAAAGAUUAUAACGUGUCAGUGACUUUUCAAAAAGAAAAGAAAGUUACAUGUACUUCUUUUGUAGGAUAUAUUAAUGUGAUUAUUGAGACACACGAUAUAUUUUCGGAUCUAUCCAGAAAAUAAUACAACUAUUUUAUGUUACAUUUAUGAGAUCUUGGUUUAUGCAUUAUGAGACUGUACUCUUUAUUUUUACAUUAAACAUUAAUAAUGCUACGCAAACUGUACACAAACCAUUAGCCUGUUAAAGGCAAGAACAUAUUGACAGAGUGUAGAGAAUAAGAACUCAGACAUACAACAGUUAAAAUGCUCGCAAAAUACAAACGCGGAAGAUAUCUCGCAAGAUAUGACGCGAUCAAUAAUAUCUUUCGUACAAUAAGCAGUAUGUACAUAGUAAGAAAAUAAUUGAAUAUUUCCAACAUUUUUUACUAGCGUUUUUUGGGCUCUGCAACAUGACAAAGAGCCGCGUGAAGACUCAAUCGCAUAUAUAUAUGAGUAAAAUCGUGACGUUUAUAUUAAUUGAACCAAUAUAUGAUUAUGAAUAUAGUCAUUUCAGUCAGGACGAGACACCCACCUAGGGUAUUCGUACAGCAAUUCGAACAGCGUUCGUUCAUCUUGGGUACCAUUCAUUCCUGUAUCGAUAAUAAUACGAAGUAAGUUAAUAUUUGUUUUUCGUAUAUAUAUACAUAUAUGUAUUUAGGAGAAAAGAAGAGAAUAUGCUUUUAUAAAUAUUAAAAACAUAUCUUUUUUUUUUCGUCUUCCUCGUUUCAUCCCUCCUCAAACAUUUUAUCGCGUUUUGUCGACUAUGUUACGCGUGAUAUCUCAUUUUGUCAUUCAUUUAAUGAUAUUGUCCCAAAGUCGCGUAAAAUGAAUUUCUAUCCAUUGUCAUUAAUCGAGAAUAAUACAACGCGCCUGAUCGAUUACGCCAUUAAGAAAAAAAGAUUCAUGUAUUGUGUAAUAUUAUAUAUAUAAAGCAGAAUGUGUAUACAAGAAACUCUAGUAAAAAUUACUUCCUAUUUUA